CCCGCGGUUCGAAAAGUUUGGAGACCCCUGAUAUAAGUAAUGGAUAUGGCGUCGAAUGAACAGCAGCCAGAGAGAAAUCUAUCGCAAAUAUUUGAUGAAGGUAUGAAGAUUUUUGAUGAUCUGUCGAAAAGUACUGAAGCUACAAAUAGCAGCACCGUUCAAAUCCAGGUUAAGAAAGCAAUGCGUUUAUUCGAGGAUAGUACGAGAUUAGUGUCUAUAGCAGAAAUAUUCAGUUCUAAUGAAAGCAUAGAUGAAGUUGCUACCAAGAAUAUUAGGUACUUUCUCCUGCCUGCUCUUUUAGGAACUCUUAGCCUCAAACUGUGUGUUGAAGAUCGUUUCAAUGUUAUACAAACUGCAGAAGUUUAUUUCCGAGAUUUCUUAAAGCGCUGUAAGAGUUAUGACAUUGUUGAUAUUGACAUACAAGAACAUAACGAAAACAGUUCAACGGAAUCUUUUGAAUCUGUACGACAGCAGUCUCAUGGAACUAAUCUAGCAGCUAUGGCAAGGGAACGCAAUGCAAAGCUUCAGCGAUAUAAAGAACAAAAGGAACUAGAGAGCCAGCUAGAAAUUUUAAGAAGAUCAGUAUGCAAUAUGAGCAUAGUGGAUGAAGAACUUGAAAGAAAAUAUUACUUGACAUUAAUUAAGAACUUUUGCAGUCAGGCUGUGGAUGAACUUAAUAGUAUUGAAAUGGAAAAGCCAUUGUUGGAACAUAUGGCUAAAGUUAGGAAAGAUACAGAUGAUAAAAUUAAAAAAGGAAAAUUUCCGCCACCAAAACCACUGAAACCAAUAAUUAUAACAAGAGAUGAGAUUCAGAAGAAGGUGUUUGGUGCUGGGUAUCCAAGCCUACCUACAAUGACCGUGCAGGAGUUUUAUGAAAAACGGAUCAGGGAUGGAGACUGGCCAGAUCCAAGUAAACAGAAGCCACAAUCACUGCAAGAAAUGGCAGCAAUGGGGGACCCAAAUCGUGUCUCUGAAGAGGAAGAAGCAGAGAAGGAGGUGAAAGUAGAGAGAGAUGAUCCAAAGCUAUUAAAAGAAGCCAGAGACUGGGAUGAAUUUAAAGAUGAUCAUCGUCGGGGUUUCGGUAAUAGAAUGAAUCGCAGUUAAAGAAGCUGGAUGGAUGGAAAUGCUGUAUGAAUCAUGAAAAUGAUAUCUAAGGUUAUAAAUCAGUUUGUAAAAUAUUUAAAUUUGACAACAUGGAUGAAUUUUUAUGAUGUCAUUUGGUAAUUGUCAGUAGCGGAAGCCGAAUCAGAAUCAUAACAAGCAGGAAAUGAAGUUCAUAUUUCCACAUACUCGUAUGUAGAGCAGGAUUCCAUUUUUGUGUCCAUAGUAACUAGUGUUAAGGUGUUCAAAGUAGUUUGUUUCGUUUUUGAUCCUUUGAUUACUGACAGACUACACACUUAAUAUCAAAACUGGAUCUGAAAUUAAUGCAGAAGAGAUGUUUAGUGUUUACAAAUUGUAACGCACAGUCAGAAAUAUCAAAUAUUGUAUUGUAGCAUGGUGUUGCACUCUUCCAUUUUAUUAUAAAUCUUAUUUUACAGUGUUA